AUGAUUAAAAAUUUUAUACUUAUUUUGUUAUCAACUUUUUUGGUUAAUACAUUUUCUACUAUUAUACAAUAUAACUUUCAUAAUAAUAACUCUCCUGAAACUGAUAAAUGUAUUCGUGAUGCUAUGGAAGAAAUAAUGGAUGAUACAUGUUUAAUUUUUGAAGAAAAUCCCUCCAAUCCUGAUGCAUUAUUUUUUAUUGAAAGUGGACAUUGUAGUUGGCAAGCCGUCAACAAAACAGUACACCUUGGUGUUGAUUGUAUAAAUUCAAAGACAUGCCAAGAUAUUAUCACUCGUGCACUAACUAAUGACAGACCAUACCCAAUUGCUUCACGUGUCUUAAAUAUAAAGUAUAAUUGUACUGAUAAAUGUACUUUGAUUUGUGAAAAUGGAGGUCAAGUAAAUGGAAAUUGUGAGUGUGAAUGUGCCUAUGGAUUUAAAGGUGAUAGAUGUGAACAACUUAAGAUGGAGCAUAUGUUUACAGAUACCACUUGUGGUUUCAUUGAUGAUGAGUCAUCCGGAACAGUCUCACUUUCUACUUAUCCUGGUUUUAUUAAUAAAAAACCAACAUUUUGUCAAUGGGUUAUAAAAGCAGAAAAUCCAUGGGAAAAUAUUGAAUUUGAGAUUGUUGAUAUUGACUUGGCAAAUGAAAAUUUAGCACCAGGACAAAGAUGUGAAGAUAGUUUGGUAGUUGUUGGAAUUGAAUCUCUUACUGGACCUAUUCCAUGUGAUGAAGGUAAAGCAGCAAUUAUUGGUAAAACAUUCAGAUCUGAUGGAAAUUUUGUUCUCAUUGAAUUAAAAACAAGCUCAUGGAGUGAUGGAAAAUACAAAGGACCACAGAUAAAAUUCCGUACACACAAAAGAUCACUUUUUGAUAAUAUUAAAAUUUUGACGUCUGAGAUAACCUCAAAUUCAGGAUUUAUCUAUUCUACAACAAAAACACUCAUCUUUAUAUCUUUAACAUUUGUAUUAUCUCAAUAUUUCGUUUAA